AUGCUCCUUAAGCCGGUUGCCUCCGACGCCGACGCCACCGCCUCCGCCCCCGACGCCCUCUCGCGAGUCCGAAGAAAAUAUUGGCGGGUUUUACCCUCCACCCGGUUGCCUCCAACAUUGACGACAACGCCUCCGCCUCCGCCCCGACGCCCUCUCACGACUCCGGCGCUCCUCAAGCCGAUUGCCUCCGACACCAACGCGCCGCCUCCACCCUCGCGGCCUCUCGCGACUCCGUCGCCCCCAACUCCCACGCCCCUCAAACCGGUUGCCUUCGACGCCGACGCCGCCGCCUCGCCCCCGCCGCCCUCUUGCGACUCCGACCUCCUCAAGCCGGUUGCCUCCGAUGCCAACGACGCCGCCUCUACCUCGCCUCCGCCCCCAACGCUUUAUCGCGACUUCGACACUCCUCAAGCCGGUUACCUCAGAGCGCCGACAACGCCGUCUCCGCCUCCGCGUCUGCCCCCGUCGCCCUCUCGCGACUUCGAGUCUCCUCAAGCCGGUUGCCUUCGAUGCCGACGACGCCGCCUCCGCCCCCGACGCCCUCUCGCGACUCCGACGCUCCUCAAGACGGUUGCCUCCGACACCCACGUCGCCGCCUCCGCCCCCGACGCAGUCUCGCGACUCCGUUGCCCCCGACUACCACGCCCCUCAAGUCGAUUGCCUCCGACACCUACGCGCCGCCUCCGCCUCGCCCCCGACAUCCUCUCGCGAGUCCGAAGAAAAUAUUGGCUGGGUUUUACCCUCCACGUAGGCGUAUGGCUGCUUCUCUCCCCCUCCUCUGCUCUCUCUCUCUCCAUUCUCAUCUCCAACGCCCCGCUGACGACACCGCCUCCGCCUCCGCCCCCAACGCCCUCUCGCGACUCCAACGCUCCUCAAGCCGGUUGCCUCCGACUCGACGACGCCGCCUCCGCCUCCGCCUUAGCCCCAGCGCCCUCUCGCGACUCCGUCGCCCUCGACUCCCCGCCCCUCAAGCCGGUUGCCUCCGGCGCCGACACCGCAUCGCCUCCGCUGCGUCUCCGCCCCCAACGCCCUCUCGCGACUUCGACGCACCUCAAGCCGAUUGCCUCCGACGCCGACGACGCCGCCUCUGCCUCCGUCUCCGCCCCCGACGCCCUCACACUACUCCGAUGCUCCUCAAGCCAGUUGCCUCGAACGCCGAUGACGCCGCCUCCGCCCCUGACGCCCUCUCGCGACUCCGACGCUCCUCGAGCCGAAAUGGACUCCAAUCUUAACUUGAAGGAUCUCAGUAUAUUAGACUGUAAAAAUAUUUUAGCAGGCAGAGUUUCGAAUUUUGGAACUGGACUACGAUGA